GUAGGAACUCGGUUAGAAAUGACUCAUUUAUAUUUGUGGCAAUUAUACAGCAGUUUUUAUAGAACUAACAUAAUUUUGGUGACAACUAUGAUUUCAAUGAACUAUGAUCUCUUUUUAGGUUGAUUCGUAUUAAUACGGGAUGAAAUGGCGUUUGACUUAAACAAAUAUAUUUCAGUGGAAAUUCCAUUGUUUUUUAUGUUUGUGAAUUUUUUACUCACAAAUACAUUAUUCACAAAUCUUAUUGUCUAUAGAACAUGCUACAUAAUAUUAGGCUAUAAUAAAACAGCUUGUGCGGAAUUAGGUAAUGAUAACGUUAAUAUUGUUGACAAAAAUCAAACAGAAGCCUUAGAUAAGUUAGUAGUACCUACGGCAGAUAUUAUUACAAUGGUCAAAACAACGGUGGAGUCAUUAUUUCCGGUUUUUGUGUGUAUGGUAGCCGGCCCAUGGUCAGACAAACACGGACGGAAACCAGUUUUGUUGAUGUCUUUAAUAGGCCUUACUGUGGGGAGCGCACUGGUAGUAAUUUUCAGCAUCUUUGAUAGCAUAAAUCCAUGGUAUUUUUUAAUAGCUUCUAUUCCUCCCAUGGUAACGGGAGGCGUAACAACGUAUUAUGCAGCAACAUUAUCAUAUUUAACUGACGUAUCAACCGACGAAACAAGAGGUCUAAGAAUGGCUUGUUACGAAGGUGCUCUUGCUUGUGGAGUUCUUAUAGGAAGCAUAGCAAGCCCAUAUAUAUUUGAUGCAACUAAUUACGAAACAGUAUUUGCGAUUGGUUGCGCAUGUAUGUUGAUCAGUUUGGCAUAUAUGAUAUUUUUCAUACCGGAGUCUCUCAACACUAACAAAUCUAAUGAGAAUUCGAGUAGUUCCUCCGUGGGGACCGAAGAUAGAAAACUUAUUCAAUUACAAAAUUUCAAAGAUAUGGUAAUAACCACAUUUAAAAAUAGAGGAGAACACAAGCGAACGUUGCUCCUCAUUGCUAUACUCUCGACGGCAAUACUUGGUUUCCUAACUACAGGAGACACUGGAAUUCAAUAUUUAUUCUUUACAGAAAGAUUUGACUGGAAUUUUAAAAUGUAUAGUUUGUAUAACAGUUUCUAUUACAUUUUCUGGAUAAUAGGGACUAUGGGAGGAACUUAUUUUCUGCACAAACUAUUGAAAAUUAGGGACACGAUACUUACUCUUGUUGGAUUAGUUUCGUAUAUGAUCAGUUAUAUUAUUAUGGUAAUCGCAAGAAACAACUAUUUAAUUUAUAGUGCUGGGGUAGUUAGAUGCCUAGGAGGAUUGGUAUUACCUAUGCUGAGAUCGCAUAUAUCGCGUAUAGUACCGGCUGAUGAAAUGGGAAAAAUUUUUGCUGUGCUAGUAGGGGGUACAGCUCUGAUUUCGUUGGGGGCUUCUCCUUUAUAUACCAUGGUUUACAACGCCACAAUAGAUACAAAUUCCUCAUUAUAUAAUUUGGUAUCUAUUUGUUUAAUAGGAAUUGUUAUGGUGUUUACUAUAAUUAUGAUGUGUUUGGAACCUAGGCAGACGUAUUCUCUCGUUGGAGCAGAUUCAGAACGUUCGUUGUUAACUGAAGAUUUGGGACAACCGCAAAUAAAUGCAGAAAUGUGAUAUUUUGACGUAGGUAACAUAAAUAAAUAAUUAGU